CUUCCGAGACAUCAUUACGUAUUGCGUGUAGCAGGGAGAAACAUGAUGUCGUCACAACCCCAUGACAUCAGUGAAUGCAGCUCAGUUACGGAUUUGUUCAGAUUCAGAACGGAAGCAGGGAGCUCUCGCAGACUGGCUAUGUGUCGACUGCUAUCGUGGUUUCUCGCUUUGUCGGUGGCGUUAUCAGCUGGAGAAGAACACAUUUGUACUUAUUCGACCAGCUUCCAUAUGACAACAGCUGACUGCUCUGGGCGCAUGUUUAAACAUGUGCCUACCACGCUUAGUUCGGAUAUUAAGGCCCUGAGCGCUACUUACAACAGGAUACGAGGCCUGUACAAGGAUUCCUUCAAGAACUAUACAUACCUCAAGUACCUCUACCUGGAUAAUAACAUGAUAUCUUACAUAGAGAAUGGGACAUUUGACCCUUUGCAACAACUAGAAGUUGUUCGUCUGUCACACAAUGCAUUAGAGACGGUCCCUGUCGGAAUCCUUCAAUUACCAAAGCUGAGGAAAUUAUUCAUGGAUAGCAAUCGACUAAACGGAGAUGGAGGCUUUGCAGUUGCCCCAGUCAGUGAAACCCUUGAGUUACUGUCACUGGCAAAUUGCCACCUUGAGGAUUUACCCCCUUUGGGGAUGUAUCCCAAACUCUCAGAGCUUAAUAUAUCUGGAAAUGAGUUGAAAGUUCUGUCUUCCCAUCAACUAGCACCUCUGUGCAGCCUACAUUUGCUGGACCUGAGGGAAAAUCCCAUGCUGUUCAAGAAUCCAAAAGAUUGUGAAUGCCAAUUGCUGGCCACGUGGAUAACACAGAUGAACAUCUAUUAUGCAGAGAUUCCUCUGAACUGUUCUAAUGAAACAGAAAACCAUACGGAUAGUAAGUUGGCCUGUAUGCCGCAAUUACAAGAGGUUACUGAGAUGCAGCAAACAUGUAGGACCACCAUUGUGAAGAGAAAACAGAGGGAAAGCGAAUUGAUAAAUUGUUUACUGAUAACUCUCAUUGUCUUCGCUUGUAUCUAUAUUGCCUAUCUUGUGAUUGGUACAAAAUUUAAGAAUCACAGUUUGACAGAGAUAAGGUUGGAAUAUCAACAUGGAGACAGAAAUAGAGAUACUUCUUAUGUUUAGAGGAGAUGAACAGUGGUAUCUGCAGUCUGCAACCAAAUGCAAGUGCUUCUGUUCUGCAAAACACGUGUUGAACCUAGUGGGUGAGUCUCCUGUAGCUGUUUGUUCUAAUUCUGCAAUAAAUACCAACUGAAACCCAACAGAAACGAGGUUCAUAGUAGGAGCAGGGGAAGAAUAAAUUCUGAAACUGUUUGUUAUCAUGAGUUAAAAAUGCGUUAUCAUUAUGACUGCUUUCUGUCAAGUUAAUGCUUGAAGUCAAAUUGUUUGAAAUUAUUUAUAUGAUAUUGCAGUCUCACUGAGGGAAGAACGUAAAUUAUAGGUCUUUAAAAACAAAGAAUUUGGAUCUAAGUGGGUAAUGCAGGAAAUUUAAUGGUCAGAAAUUCCACGACGUGUUCAGAUUACUAAAAACUCUUAGAAAUAUCUAGGAGGCUGCUGUGGGCUGGGUGUAGUCUGUUGCUAGAAUAUGGAAGGCAGAAGUGUAAAAGGUCAGGAAGGGGACAGGAAUAUAACAUUUAAGAGCAUUUUAUGGAAAUAGGCUGUGAAGAUAGUAGGUGGAUAGAACCAAUGAUAAUGUCCAGUAAUGGGCUUUUGUGUUAGUGAUGCUGAACCUUCAAGUUCUGCUGCUACAGAGUUAUAAAACCAAGCUGUAUCAGUAUUUCAUAAGUGGCAGAGAAUUUCUUAAUGAGCUGAGCAAGAGAAGGACUUAAUUAGAUCUGAUGUGAAGGAAAUUCCACUGUAAAUUAGGAAUUCUCAACUUCCAGGUUUUCUAUAUGUUCUGUACAUCCAUUUCAUGGAAUACUUUGUCAACCCAUGUGAUAAAAAGAAGUUAUCAAGAAACAAGUUUGCUAAUGUUGUAAGGAUUUGGCAGUAAGCAGUUUUUAGCUUCAUAAAACAUGCCAGAUAAAGAACUCUUUAACACAAAAUGAGUUCUUCUCGGGCUACUAGCCGUGACUCUUGGUUGAAUGGAGAAAACGCCAACGUUUCAAGAACCAUCUUCGUCCUCGUCCUCAGGGUAUUGAAUUCCUGAGUACCCUGAGGACAGGGAUGAAGAUGGUUCUCGAAAUGUUGGCAUUUUCUCCAUUCAACCACCUGACACGGCUAGUAGCCCGAGAAGAAUUCAUUAUACUUCGUCACCAUGAAAGCUUCAGAUCAUGCAAUGCAUGAUGCGUGAAAAUCAUAACAAUAGUAAUCAAACUUGAUAUAGAAAGGUAAUAAAAAAACAGUACCAAAUAUCUUUUUAAUGGCUGAUCUGGAUGAAGAUAGUCGUCCGAUAAUAGGCCUAUGAGAACAUGUCUGUAAAGUUUGUCAAACUUUUUAAGAAAUUUUAAUUAAUCGCCCUCUCUUUUUACAUGAAGGCCUAUGAGUCAAUAAGAGAGUGAAUAUGGUCUCAGAUCUGAAAAGGUUGAGAACCCCUGAUAAAAAUUAAUCUGGAUGUUAUAGUAAGAGGAAGAUUUAUGUAUCUGUAAAAAUGAAGGAAGAAUCAAGGAGGAGGAUAUAUUUUAGUAAUACAUGAAGUUUCAAGUGAUAUAUCCCAUGGUUUAUUUGUCGUCAUCUGACAACGCUUUCAUACAAUAAAGAAUAAACAUUUAAA